AAUGUUUUGCGUUGUGUGCUAUAUUUCCGAAGGAUUAUGAAAUUGAGAAAAGAGACAUUGAUUCAGCUUUGGAUGGCUAAUGGUUUCAUUCAGUAUCAAGCAGAGACAGAUAUGGAAAUCAAAGGUCAUGAGAUUUUCAAUGAGCUGGUAUGGAGAUCAUUUUUGCAAGAUGUAAAAGAGGUCAGGAAUCAUACAUCUUAUUCUCAAACUGUCAUUACGACGUGCAAGAUGCAUGAUCUAAUGCACAAGCUUGCACAAUUGGUGAUGAGUGAUGAAUGCUUUCCAGAACUUGGAUGUGUUGAAUUGAAAACAAUCCCAAAGGGAAUACGGCAUUUGCAAGUCUCUGCUGAUGCAUCCAGUUUCCUGAGUGAUCACCAUAGGAGCAUUGGCACCAUUCUGUUUCCAAAUCGAUUCUCAAGAGUGGUGGAAAAGCUUGAAUUUCUUAGAGUACUUGACUUGCAGCUAUCUAAGAUUGACAAAUUUCCGGCAUGGAUAAGAGAUUUACGACAUCUAAGAUAUCUUGAUCUUUCACAGACUAGCAUUCGGAAAUUACCUGAGGAAAUCUGCAUGCUGGUCAAUUUGCAGACAUUGAAACUCAAUUGCUGUCACAGACUUACUGAGCUACCCACGAGCAUAGUCUUCAUGUGCAACCUCCGACACCUUCAUAUCGAUAACUGUCUUGAAUUAAGAAGCAUGCCCGCUGGUCUGAGUCAACUACAAAGCUUGAGAACAAUAACAAAGUAUGUUGUCAACAAUAGCACCGGGUCCGACAUAAGAGAGCUGCAGCAAUUGAAUCUUGGUGGACGGCUCGCAUUGUAUAACCUCCACCAGGUGAGGGAUGCUGGUAUUGCAAAAGAAGCUAAUCUUGAUUCCAAACCAAACAUUAUCUCAUUGACAUUAUGUUGGGGUGCAUCAGAUUAUCAGUCAUAUUAUGCAGAAGAGCCUGCAGAAUAUGCAGAGGGGGUGUUAGAAGCCUUGAAACCUCACUAUGGAGUUAAAAUGCUGAGCAUAGCGCAUUACCCUGGUGUCGCAUUUCCCUUGUGGCUAAGAGAUGUGAAGGAAUUCCGAAAUCUUCUAGAGGUUCAUCUUGAAGAUUGCAAAGGAUGUCUGCAGUUGCCCCCACUUGAUCAAUUGCCAUUGCUUGAGGUUCUUCAUCUGAGACAAAUGGAAGGAAUCAGACAUAUUAGUAACAACUCAAAGAGUUCUGCAGUUCAAGCAUUCCCUGCACUAAAAAACUUGGUGCUGAACAAUAUGAGGAAUUUGGAAGGAUGGUUUGCAGAUGAAGAACUAGAAGCAGUUCAAUCAUUCUUUCCAUCCCUAAUUCUACUGAACAUUGAUGAAUGCCCAAAGCUAAAAACCAUGCCAUAUAUUCCUACACUCGAAGAAUUAUUGAUAGUGAGUUCAUCUAAUGAGACAGAUACCUCUCUCUUCACUGGGCAAAGAGCGUACUUCAAGCAAUUGAAAUCUCUCAACAAAUUAACAAUUGAGAGAUGUGAAGAACUGGCUUUGAUGUUGGGAGAUGAAGAAGAAACAAGAGCCAUCAGUAUAUCUCUUCAAAAUAUUACCAUUUGUUACUGCAAUCAAUUCGUAUCAACUCCAGGAAUAUGGAACCUUCCCUUUGUCAAACAUCUAGAGAUCUAUGGGUGUUCCACUCUGGUUUCCUGGCCUUUUAUGAUACUUCAAGGUUUGAAAUCCCUCAAGACUCUGUGCAUUAGCUUGUGUAAGAACUUCACAGGCUUAUCAUCAGAAAUGCAUUCAUCACUUGAAGAUGGCGGUCUGCCAUGUUUGGAAGUACUUGAUCUACUGUAUUGUGAUGCUCUGCUAGAACUGCCUGAAUGCCUGACGUUACGUUUGAAUGUUAUCUCUUGUCCAUGCAUCAAGUCUUUGAAUGCUGCACCAAAAUGCCUAACUGAACUCCAUGUGCAGAGUUGUUGGGAGCUUGUGUCUUUGUCGAAAGACAUGGGGCAUCUCAGUUCACUCAAACAUAUAGAGUUGAAUGACUGUCCAAAACUGAGAACAUUACCAGAAGGCAUGCAAGGUCUCAAUUCUCUUCAAUUGCUGCAUGUUGAAAAAUGUAGCUCAUUGGAGGCAUUCCCAGAAGGCCUUCAGCAGUUACUUCACCAACUCAAAGGACUCACUAUCAGAGAUUGUGCAGAGUUGGAGAGGCGAUGCAAGCCUGAAGGAGAGUAUUCACAACUUGUCUCAGAAAUCCGAUCUACAGACAUAGGCAACACAGGCCCGAGAAAAAGUACCCCUAAACAAGGAUAAAAGAAGCACAACAAAAGCCAUA